AUGGAACUGGCCGGUGUGAUGAUGGUUCGGGUGGGUGAGGAGAGCAUCCGGGAUUCGCGUAUUCUGGUGAAUACACAGGCCGCAGUUGCCGGCACUGAUCGACGACCCUCCGCCUCCAUGCAAACUCAUCCCAAUCUGGACAAGAAGGCCUUUCAGGUAGGGAAGACUUCUUCCUUUUUCACCCUUUUCUUCACCUGCCUUCCCCUCCUCCCGGUUUGCUUUUUAUUUUGGCCAGUUCCAUGCUCCCUCCGCCUCUUGAGCUUCGGCUGGACAAAGACGGAUGAGUAA